UGUUCAGCUAGAGCUGGAGACUAAAAAGAACCAGAUAAGCAAAGAAAAUGAUAGCGAGGGUGAGGGCACCAAAGUGGCUAUUUGUCACCUUAGCCUUGUCCGACAUGCGAGAUAAUUUAUGCUCUGCUAUAUAUAUGUAGCAGUUGGAUUUAUAUACAUACACAUAUAUACAUCUCUUUGCAUAUUUAUAUUCUUGUCAGUUGUUUGCUGAGGCCCCCACUGUGAGAAGUUCAUAUUCCAUUUGGGAUUAUCAGGACUCCUUCAGAUUAUUCCAAUCCUUCCCUGCAUACAGAAAGUGAUCUAGCUGAGGUGAGAUCAGAGAGAGAGAGAGAUUGAGCUGGUUUUACCAGGAAGUUUCCAGUGGUGUUUGCUUUGCUGCACAUGUGAUGCCCUUCAAGUUGUAAGUUCAUCUCAACCAUGUGUGUAAUAAUGCUUACUUUUUGCCAUGCAUUGCAUUGCGUCCUCUCCUUCUCCGGCGGCUGCUGCUGCUGCAUGGUGUGAUGGUGGUGGUGGUGGUCGUCGUCGUCGGCUGUUUUGCGAUUCUGGAGAUUGGUUUUGUACUUUUGUGCGUAUCCGGGGACAUGCACCGCCGUCGAAUUAUUCUCGCCGUUGUUGCGUGCCACGCCUCCCCUCCUUCCCUCCCUGCGAAUAUAGGCCGGUGCGGAUUCCCAAUUAAUUCCCAUUGAUCUAUCGUAUGUGCCACUAGCUUCCCGUUCGUUCGAUCGAGAGCCUAUUUAAGCUUCGCCGCCGCGUUAAUCCCUCUUUCCUCCUCCAAAUUAAUCUCAUCCUAAUUCUGUUUUAAUUUCUGGUGGGAAUUUCGCUGUUUGAUCUGGCCUCUUCACGUAACCGUAAUGUUCUAUGUGUAAAUUGAAUUAAUGGAGUUGGUUGUGAAAUCGUUGAAUUGAUGGUGAUUCGGUUGUUGUUAGUUCAGUUAAAUGUUGCAAGAUAUCAUGAACACCAAGAAGAUUAAGCUGCACGACUGCCACUUCGGCUCGCCGCUAUGUGACCCUUCGCCGGCGCCGCACCUGCUGAGCUCCGCCGCCGCCGCCGGGCUGUCGUUCCACCCGGGGCUCGUGAGCUCGGCGGCGCAGCACCAGCAGCACGGCGCGGGCGGCUGGCUGCACGAGGAGUACUACGCGCCGAGGUCGUCGCCGCCGUCGUCGCUUCUCGCGCAGACCUGCGUCGGCUCCAACGCGACCGCGUUCUACGCCGCCGAGAACCUGCCGCAGUUCGACUUCCCAGCUCUCGGUACGGCGGCGGCGGCGGCGGCCAAGGCGCCGUUCCGGUCGUCGGAGAGCGAGCUGUACCGGCCGGUCGACCCGCUGCUCCUCCGUGCGGACCACUCGGUGAGGACGUACUACGUCCGGCCGCAGAAGCGGGAUUCCGGCGAGAGGACACCAUUGCCGCCGCCGUCGCAGCAACAGCAUCAGGACAGAAUCCACGGGCUCUUCGCCGGCGCUCCCACCACUCGGCUUCUCAGCGGCGAACCCAAAAUCCACUCGUUUCCACCUCAAGUGGCGGCGAAGCCGAUUCUGCCGGCGAUGGAUGCGCCGAGCCUGCAGAACCAGAUGGAGAAUCAGCUGACAAGGAACUGCAUCGGCGCGGCAACUCCGGUGACCCCCACCGGAAACCUCGCCGGAUCAGGUGCGCCGAGCAAGACGCGGAUCAGGUGGACGCAGGACCUGCACGAGCGGUUCGUCGACUGCGUCAAUCAGCUCGGCGGCGCAGACAAGGCAACUCCGAAGGGGAUUCUGAAGCUGAUGAAUUCGGAUGGCCUGACGAUCUACCACAUCAAGAGCCAUCUCCAGAAAUAUCGCAUAGCGAAGUACAUGCCAGCGUCAUCUGAAGGGAAGCAACUGGAGAAAAGAGCAACAGGAAAUGACAUGCAGAAUCUGGACCCCAAAACUGGAAUGCAAAUCACGGAAGCACUGCGUGUUCAGCUCGACGUGCAGAGGCGCCUCCAUGAACAGCUAGAGAGAAAUCUGCAGCUGAGGAUAGAGGAGCAGGGGAAGAGGCUGCAGAAGAUGUUCGAGGACCAGCUGAAGGCGAGCAGGAGCGUGAUGGAACCGCAGGAGCUGGACGACGUCGUCGCCUUCGCCGCCGGCGACGGAGACGACGACGCGUUCGAUGACGUCGACGUGCAGCUGCUGGCCGUCGCUGGCAGCGGCUAUGACGACGCCGGGUUCCAGUCCAAAAUAAGCUAGGACAGCCUUUUUUGCGUUUUGUGUUUUGGCACUUUGAUUUGACAAAUAUUGUUCUGGUUCUUCGACGUAUGAUACGCACAAUGCUAUUUUUUGCCCGUGUAGUUGGCGAAAGUUUCAAAAAGAUAUUUUAAGAAAGAGAGUGGGAUCCACAGAUUCGCGCUUAAUUUUUUUUUUUGUAGCUAGUUUGAUCAGAGUUGUAAAAUUUAGGCUUUUUCAAUUGGCCUGCACUGCAUUUCUUAAUGGUUUUAGUUAGGUCUUAGCAGGCAAAAAACAGGUUAAGUUCAAGUGGCAAUAUAUUGCUCAUGUCACAUUCACAUA